AGCCGAGCUGGCCCCCCGCGCCCCCGCCAAGCGGAGGGCGCUCCCUCUGAGGGCAGGUGCCCCUGCCAUGGGGCGGCUCCGCGCGGCCGUGGCGGCGCUCGCCGCGCGCGGCGCCCUCGGCGAGGGCGCGCGCGCGACGCCGGUGCUGCGGGGCUGCGGCGUGCCAGUGGAGCAGGUAAAGCUCGUCCUCCCAGCCGGGGACGUGGUGGCCGCCGGCACCAUGCAGGUCGCGUUCGUCGGCGGCAGCGACGCGGUGCGCGUUCGGUAUUGGAGCGAGGAUUCUGGCGAUGUCCUGUCCGCUGCUCCGAGGAUCGGAUCAUGCCCUACGAGCAGUUUUUCCACCCAGAGGCGGGGCAGAGGCUCUUCAACCUGGCCGCGCUGACCGGGCUCAAGCCGGGGCGGUACCAGUACGAGAUCGUCGACGACCCGCACGCGGGCGUCCCCGUGGGGGCCGCGGGGGCGAGCGGCGCGCCCGGCGAGGGCGGCUCGCCGGAGCGCGCGCUCGUCGAGUGGUGCAACGCCUUCGCGGCGGUCGUUCCCGGGAGCUUCACGUUCGGCCCGAAGGGGAGCAGGCUUCGCGUGGCCGUGAUGGGCGAUAUGGGCGCGAGCUCAGACGGUCCGCACCUCGGAUGCUUCGCCUCCCGCAAGUGCGCCGGGGCGGCCGCCGUGAAGGAGCUGCUGAGGGCGUCGUCCGGGGUGCUCGACGCCGUGUUCAACAUCGGCGACAUCUCGUACGCGGCUGGCGCCGACGCCGUGUGGGAGGACUACGCGCGGGAGAAUGAGCACGUGUCGAGCCAGGUCCCGUGGAUGACGGCGGUCGGCAACCACGAGUGGGGGCCAGACUCCAAUUGCGAGUGCGGGACGCCCUACGCAUUCAGAUACCCCAUGCCGACGAACGACGGCGCAGGCGUGGAUUUCGACGCGCAUCGCAAGCCGAUUUGCCACACGUCGGUGCACCAGAAGGGCAAGAAGAUGUGCUCGUACGCCAACGACGACCGCGCCCUGGCUUGGCACGACAUGGCCUAUUCGGUCGACAUGGGAAACGCGCGCAUCGUGGUGGUGAGCACCCAGCACGGUAUCACCAAGGGGACGGGCCAGUUCGAGUGGUUGAGGAGGAAGCUCACCACCGAUCCCAAGCGGUGGCAGGUGAUCAUGGGCCACAUUGACGCGUGCUCGCCCUGCGACCCGCUGCAGACGGCGGAGAACGACAUGGCGGACUGCUACUGUUGGCCGAACGGAGGGCCCGUCGGCGAGUAUGGCGCCAGCAGCAUGAGCGUCGUGCAGCAGCUCGUCACACAGCACGGGCUGCCCGUCGACCUCGUCCUGGCCGGGCACUCGCACGAUGCGGUGGCGGACUUCGUCAGGAACUGCACCGGCAUGCCAGAUUGCGAUGCGGGGAAGCAGGCUCCGCUCGUGAUCGUGGGCGGCGCUGGGUACGGGCACGACGAGGGAGAACCGGGGGACGCCCGAAAAGAGCGUGGCAAUCAGUGCAGCCGCGCGCCAUACGGGUAUGUGGAGCUGGGCUUUGGGGACGACGCUAUCGAGGUCAACUUCCGCGGCGUGGCUGGGACUGGCAGUGAUGACUACGACACGGCCAGCUGUCUGACCCUGCACGUGAAGGAGAAGCACGCCGAGGAUCGAAAGCCAGCCGGCUGGUGGCCGCGCUUUACGCAGUCCACUGGUGGCCGGAGGCUGGAUGACGACUCCUGUCACCUGAAUAUGCACGCAGUCUUUGACACGGACAGGUGCACUCCAGCGUCCUUUUCCGUUCACAAGGGGGAGAAGCCGCCUGUGCGUUUGAUCUGAGGGUGCAAAGGCCCCUCGGCGAGAAGAUGUAUGUCGAAGCCUCCGACAUCUGCGACCACGUGUGAAACACACGCCUGCGGAUCUAAUCGACGCCAGUGCAUUAUCGCGCAUCCACGCUGGGGUUCGCCUGGCUAGAAACAUCCUUCAGAGACCCCUCGCUUCCUUUCUCGCCCUCGCAGCCCUCUUAGCCCUCUCGGCUCGCUGCCGAGGGAGGAUUUUCCUCGCCCGACUUGACGCCUCCCUCCCGGCCCUCGUGGGCACCGGCCGCCCGCGUCGGUCCGCGGCCGCCGCCCCCGAGGGGCCGCCGCCGCCGCCCCCCCGCGGGGCGCGCC